UUUUCUUCUUACAUCAAUUCAUCUGAAACAGAAGUUUGCCUUGUAGCCAUAGAUUUCGCAAGACUAUCUACAAAUAUAGGCGAUUUACAAAACUUCUUCAAUGUUCACAAAAAACUAACGACAGUCAUAAUUGACGCAUUACUUUAUGACAACAAAUUUCACGAAUUUAAGAGAGAGGCUGUGUUAAAUGAUCCAACAAUUUUAUCAUCUUUUGAUUGUAGAUCAAAACCAGUUCAAAGAUCCAGAAAAGUCUAA